AUGUCUGAUAAGUCACAAAUCAAAAUCAAAUUCUUCACUCGUGAAGAGGAUGAGUCUUUACAAGUCAGUGAAAACCCAUUAUAUGUUCCAAUCUCAUUGAAAAGAUAUGGUUUAUCAGAAAUUGUUAAUCAUUUAUUAGAAACCGAAACUCCAGUUCCAUUUGAUUUCUUAAUAAAUGGUACUUUAUUACGUACCUCCAUUGAUGAAUAUUUGACUGAAAAUGCAUUAUCAAGUGAAGCUUUUCUAACAUUGGAAUAUACCAGAUCAGUCUUACCUCCAUCAUUUUUGGCUUCUUUCAAUAAUGAAGAUUGGGUCUCAUCUUUAGAUGUUAAACAUAACCAAAUCUUAUCAGGUUCUUACGAUGGUAUUGUUCGUACUUGGGAUCUUUCAGGUAAAGUUCAAAAACAAUUCAGUGGUCAUUCAGGUGCUAUCAAAGCUGUUAGAUGGAUCUCUGAAACAAGAGUUGCCAGUGCUGGUAAUGAUAGACAAAUCCGUCUUUGGAAAGCUAGUGCGACUGAUUCAAAUGGUAUCAGAGAUCUAGAUGAAGAUGAAGAUGAACCCGAAGAAGGUAAAACCUUGGCCAUUUUAGAAGGUCAUAAAGCUGCAAUCAGCUCUUUAGCUGUUAAUAAUAAUAGAAUCUUAUCUGGUGGUUAUGAUAAUGCUAUUGGGUUCUGGUCCACAAAUUACAAAGAAAUGACUAGUAUCGAUCCUUUAGCUGAUCCAAAUAAUAAUGUGACAUCAACAGCUGCUAAAAAAAGAAGAAAAUUAGCAUUACAAGAUGCUUCUAUUAGACGUAGAGCACCUUUAUCAUUCUUGGAAGGACACUCACAACCGGUUGAAGAUCUAAUAUUUGCACCAAAUGACCCAUCAGUUGCUUAUUCAGUUUCACAAGAUCAUACAAUCAAGACAUGGGAUUUGGUAACAUCUCGUCCAGUUGAUACAAGAACUACUGGAUUUUCCUUAUUGUCUAUAACAUCAUUACCAAAAUUGAACUUAUUAGCAUGUGGUUCAUCAGCUCGUCAUAUAACGUUACAUGAUCCAAGAGCCUCAGCCACCACUGUUACACAAUCCCAAUUGAUUGGUCAUACCAAUUUUGUUGUUUCAUUAGCUGCAAGUCCUGAUAAUGAUUAUAUGUUUUCAUCAGGUUCACAUGAUGGUACUGUUAAAGUUUGGGAUAUCAGAGCACAAAAGGCACUAUACACUAUUACUAGAGAAUCAAAGGCUCCAAAGGGUCAAGAUAAAGUGUUUGCAGUUUCUUGGGACCAAACUGGUAUUAUAAGUGGUGGUCAAGAUAAAAAGAUUCAAAUUAACAAAGGUACCCAACUUACAAAAUAG